AUGCAGGAAGCAGAACCUUCGGCCGUUGCGCAGGCUAAGUCCUCGCUUGUUUCGCUGAGGAGUAUCCAACAUAAGGAUGCUUAUGGUAACCCAAUUGUUGAACCUGAUUUAUCGAACCCCACCCGGAGUAGAUGGGAACGCCCGUUGGAGACAAUUCGGAGCUUCGAGGCAGCUAUUGAUAGCAGCUACAACAGCCGGAGGUCGAUACUCCCUCGGGAUACUGAAGGCGCUACAUGGGGUGUCAAUCGGCGCACCAGCUACUACAACAAUGGCAACCGUUAUUCUAGCGAUCCCUACUACGCGAGCCGUCCUCCAUCGGUGCUGUGCGGUAGCCGCCCAAAUGGUAGCCAAUCAGACCUAAGGUCUGGAGGUUGGGGCCAGCGAGACUCUUAUUACUACGAUCAACAUCCUGGAUGUGGAAGCUAUGGUGCGUAUAGUGGCGCGCCAAUGCACAAUACCCGGCGAGCCUGGUCGAGGAUGUCGUCAGACCCUCAUUACAAUUAUGGUAAUCCGUAUCGGCAGCCGAACCAUGACAACUAUCCAAUUCAAAGCAAUAAUCGAUCCUACGAUACGGCAACGACCGGAUCUGGGAGCGGUUCUUCCGCAGAGCCCGCUGGGUAUCAGACUGAUCCGACCAGCGAUAACAGCUCAAUUGAUCGGAUGCAGACUGCGGCGAAAGGGCAGCCCGAGCCGGUCAACGACUAUGGUAUUGGUUUCGGUCAAAGCCCGUCUUAUCCAACAUACCAGCCUCAGCCAUUUACCGUGGGCUCAUCAAGCAACGGCGUCAACGAUGGUGUGUACAAUGGUUACGGUCUUAACCAAAGCGGCAACAGCAACGGCUCCAACGACCAUCAAUUCAAUGACCCGUCGAGUCGAGGUGCUGGCGCAGCCUCUCCUGCUCCUCUCCAGGACAAACAACAUCAGCCGGUGCUGAAGAAAGCAAUUCCUAACUAUAUUGAGCAAGCCGCGGCAGCAGCGCAGCCUGAAAAACGCAAGAGCUGGUUUGCUCGACGGUUCAGCAGGCAUGGUUAA